AGGCGGAAUUGAGCAGCGCUCUGAGUUGUAUGAGCAGCAGUAGUGUGUAUGGUAGCGGCUGCAGGCUGUCCUCCUCUGUAUACCUGUAUACUACACGUCUGUGUGUAAGCACCCUGCAUUCUCACUCAGGACUGCACACACCUAUCACAGCCCGCUGCUUUCUGGGAUUGUAUUCUGCUCAUGAACAUUUUGCUAUCAGUGCCCGGCAGAUUCUCCUGGUGAUUGGUGCCAGCAGCCGCCUCCUGGACUGGAGCCGUGUAAUAAUCACUACAGUAAUAAUAAUCACCAUCACACAGUAAUAAAGCCAGAGCGAUGCCCGCCAGUGGCUGGAUCCGCCAGUAACCGCGCACAACGUGGCUCUAGCGCCUGACCCGGGCUGAUCGGUGCACACGCUGCAUUGGAUGUUCCAGCGCCUGGAUCACUCCGGGACACCGCAGCCGGGACGCUCCGCGCAUCACCAUGGUUCAGCAGAGCAGCAACGCCGAGAACACGGAGGCACUGCUCGCCGGAGAGAGCUCGGAGUCCGGGGUGGACAUCGAGCUGGACAUAGCAUCUUCCCCGACCCCGGGCUCCACCGCUUCCACCGGGGGCAAGGCUGACGACCCGAGCUGGUGCAAGACGCCCAGCGGGCACAUCAAGAGACCGAUGAACGCCUUCAUGGUGUGGUCGCAGAUCGAGCGCAGGAAGAUCAUGGAGCAGUCUCCGGACAUGCACAACGCCGAGAUCUCCAAGCGGCUGGGCAAGCGCUGGAAGCAACUGAAGGACAGCGACAAGAUCCCCUUCAUUCGGGAGGCCGAGCGGCUGCGGCUCAAGCACAUGGCCGACUACCCGGACUACAAGUACCGACCCCGGAAGAAGGUGAAGUCCGGCACCUCUAAACCCGGCGGGGAGAAGGGCUGCAGCAGCCCGGGGGGCGGCAACCCCGGUAACGGGAGCAGCUCCUCCAAGCCUCCGGUGAAGAAGAGCAGCGGCGCCAAGCUGUGCAGCAAGCCGCACACCAAGCUCGUCCUGGGCGGCAAAGCCUUCCCGGAGCAGCCGUGCAUUCUGGACCACCACUCCCUGUACAAGUCCCGGACUGCGACCGCCUCCAGCCGACAGGCCGCCCCGGACAAAAAGCCCAAGCACCGGCUGUACAUCUUUGGCGCCCCAGGCUACCAGGGCUCCUCUCCCAUGGCCGUGCCCGCCAGCCCCACUCUGAGCAGCAGCUCCGGCGAGGCCAGCGACCCGCUCAGCUUGUACGACGAUGGGGCCGGCUCCAUGCACAACUCCCCCGACUCCCCGUCCGAGCACGACGGCUACCCGAGGGCGUCCUCCCCGGCCCCGUCGUCCUCUCACUCCUCCUCUUCGGCUGCAUCCUCCCCCUCCUCUGCAUCCUCCUCCUCUUCAUCGGCUUCCUCCUCGGACGAGGAGCUGGAGGACGAGCUGCUGGAGCUCAGCCCGACCCCCGGCUUUGAGAGCAUGUCCCUGGGCAGCUUCAGCUCCUCCGCGCUGGACAGAGACCUGGACUUUAACUUUGAGCCCGGCUCCGGCUCCCACUUCGAGUUCCCGGACUAUUGCACCCCGGAGGUGAGUGAGAUGAUCUCCGGGGACUGGCUGGAGUCCAGCAUCUCCAACCUGGUCUUCACCUACUGAGCCGCCGCCAGCCAGUCAGUCAGCCAGACAGAUGAUACGAGGCCCCCAGCACCCGGAAAGAGACUGCACCUCUGCUUUAUGGCUCAUACCGGGGACACGGGACUGAUAUAAGGGAUUGUUGUUUUAGCAGCCCAGGCUGAGAGCGCCCUUCUCUGCCCCCAGCGGGGAGAGAGAUCCCCCCUGUACAGACUGCAGGCAGGGGGGUGUGGGCGCCUCUGAUGCAGCAGCUCCCAGUGAUGAAGGCACUUAUCCGGCUGCACAUGCUGUUGGGUACAGGAGAGAUCUGCGGAGAGCUCCCAGCCAUCUAGCCAUGGGGGAGAGCGGUGCUCUGAUCCAGUCCUCUCACUCCCCUGUAGUAGGGAGCAAUGGGACUCUCCCUUCCAACGCCAGUGCAGCUUUUACCUUCCAGACGGAGAGGAGAGGAAGGAGCACAAAGAUACACAAACUUCUUACACCUUUUACAGGGGUCACCAGUCCCCCGAAAUGACCUCCCCAUCGCCCUCUGUACCCUGGAAGCGCAGUCGGUGGAUGCGGGGAGGCUUGUUAUAGAUGUAAUGGAUUUGCACGCCUGGAGAAGGAUGGCACCCUUUUUGGGGUAACCCAGCUUUUUCUUUAACCAUCCGUGAAAAGAUGGACUUUUUAUAUAUUAAGGAAAAAAAAAAUUAAGGACACUACUUUUGAGAAGGAAGAAAGAUCUUCUGGACUACACCGAGUUACAUAUUUAUAUGUGGUACCUGGGGAGGGGGAGGGCGAUUCUUUUAAAAAUGUGUUUCUCUUGCUCAGAAUCGUGAUGGUGUUGGAUUAUUUCACUGGUGGGUUAAUAUAGCAUGUUAUCCUGUCUAUCUUUUUAAGGUUUCUGUAAGACUGUUGAACAGUUUUAGUGUUAGGAUAAUAUAAAGCAGAUAGAUGGCGCUAUGUUUGAUUCCUAAGAAAAUCACCAGCUUUUUUCUCAUUCUUAACUCUUAAGGAUUCAAACGCAACUCAAAUCUGUGCUGGACUAAACCAAUAAUUCAGGACCAAAUUUUUUCUCAGAGUAUGUAUGUGUUAUUACUCAGUAGAUGUAAAUGGAAAGACUGUUUCUCUUUGGGUUUUCUUUCUCAUUGGUGAUCCAUAUUGCCCCCGCCCCCUCUUGUACAUGUAUACAGAUACCAUUUUAUAUGUGGACAUAUUUAUACUGGCCAAACUUUUUUUAUUUUUUCCUUUUGUUAAGUAGCUUCCCUUCCCUAUCCACACCAUUUUUUAUGUCUCCUUCACUGAAGGGCUAGAGUUUUAACUUUUAAUUUUUUAUAUUUAAAUGUAGACUUUUGACACUUUUAAAAAGAAAGAAGAGAGAUGAAAACGUUUGAUUAUUUUCUCAGUGUAUUUUUGUAAAAAAUCUAUAAAGGGGGUGUUUUAACCGGUGUCAAUUGCAGUUUUGAAUUUCCUGACAAUACUACAAACAGGGAAGGCUGGUUGAUAUCUCAAACAAAUAAUAAUAAAAAGUUUAACCAGCCUAUUACUCCAUGUUUACACAUUUCAAUCUGCAGGCUUCUUAAAGUGACAGUAUCCCUUCCAGCCCCUAGUGCACUCCGCAAUCACACCUCCAAAGUAUUCUUAAUACACUGUACAUUCGUUGAAAAUUACAAAAAAUAAUUUUUUGUAUUAAUUGUGUAGUAUUUAUAUAGCGCUUUAUACCUUUUGAAAAGGAUUUUUUCCUUUUUAAUUUCUUUCUUUAUUGUGCAGCCAUCUCACUGAUAGAAUAAUGGCAGCACAUUGUAUUUGGCACUGUUACGCCUCAAGGAGAUGGGGAACAAUGUUAGUUGCCUAUUUCCAAGUAGGUAAAUGCAGGGUUAAAACAUUGAGCCACACACUUGUAUUUUUUUUAUAAUGCUCCCCCCCCCCCCCCCCCCCUUUUUGUAUUCUCAAAUGCUUGCUUAUUAUAACCCUUUUAUUGCUGGGGAACUUGUAAUAUGGUUGUCCCUUGUAGCUCCAAAGGGGUUAACUAAGCUAGUCUUUAUUGAAAUGCUUUAAAACAACCAGUGCACAUUAUUAGCAAAAAAAAGGGAUCCUGUAGCUUUAACUUCUAGACCACAUUUUUGCACUUUUUUUAUAAUACAAAAACAAACCGUGCCGUUUAAACCACUGGACCUAUCUAAAUGCCGAUUUGAGUUCGCGACACUAUGUACUGCGUUUUCAUUCUCGUAUUUGACUAUUUAAUCCUUUUAUACUUGUCGCUAAACUAUGAUUGUUUUAGUCUCUUUUGGGCAUGAUGAUAGCAUAUGUAUUCAGGUUUCUAGCUGUUGUGUUUUAAGAUGAAAAACAAGAAAGUGAAAACAUCUUUGUACAUUUAAGUCUAUAAUAAGCAAAAAUGACAAAAAAAAGAUUGUGUGUUUAUGUAUUACAUGACAGGCACUAGAACUUCUGCCGAAUGAGGUAGCUCUGUUUUAACAUAAUUUUUAUAACCUUUUUUGUAAUCCAUACUGUGCAAUAUGCCGUACAGAAUAAUUUUGUCUAACCAUCAAGCCACAAAACAAAGAUUUGAGGCAUUCAUUCAUGCCAGCUAACCAUGUUUCUUUCACUGCCUGUCAGAUUGUUGAUAUACUUCUGUAAAUAACUUUUUUUUAAAGGAAAUAAAAUCAGCUGGAACUGAACCCUUAAAUUUGA